UCACGUGCAUGUAUAAAUACUUUUAGUUUCUACAAGGAAGGAACUCUUUACAAAGCCCUUCUUUUAUAACUUAAGUUAUGUGUGGUUGAAGUGAACCGUGGUCAAAUGGUGGAAAGUCUUGCUUUUGCUUAUGGUGGGUAUGUUACCAAGGCAAGUCUCGUACGUGACCAGGAGUUGGAUAGCCCGUCACAGUAUAGGGAUUGGUUUCGAGGGUUUUCUAGCUUUUACUCUGGGUAUUCAACCCGAAUACAUGACCCUUCUAACCACACGUAUACACGCAAAUAUUUAGCUACAACGGUGACGAUAUCAUUUUUAUAUCUAUUGGGCAUUCCUAAUAGUUUUAUAAGUGAAUAUUCUUCAAAAUGGCGUCCAUCCAAUGGCGUAAAUGUUCGAUAUGUUCGGAAGAAUUUAAUCAACCAAAGAUACUUCCAUGUUUCCACAGUUUUUGUCAGCGCUGCCUAGACAACCUUAUCAAAAAAGAUGCUCAUCUAAAUAAAUUCAACUGUCCUCGCUGCAGGACGGAGAUAGAUGUUCCACAAGAGGGUGCUAGCGGUUUUGUGGCGAAUUUCUAUAUUGGAGAGAAACCAAUAUGUCCAAAGCACGAGGCAAUGGGGCUUAAAUUUUAUUGCCGUGAUUGUUCUAAGCCUAUUUGUCAUGACUGUGUUGUUGUUGACCACGAACUUCACAAUAAAGCUGACCUGAAAGAGGUUGGGAAAGAAGCUAUGGAAGCAUUAUCAACUUUAAAACUUCAAAUUGAAAGAAUGGUGGACAAAACACAAACCCUUUCCAAAUCAUUGACUCUUCACAUACAUGAUAUAACCAAAUCUGCCACCAGAGCCUGCUCUGAUGUUGAUAAACAAGUGGAGAAGAUUUGUAGCACAGCAAGGAAGCAGGGCGACGAUGUGAAGGUUGAAAUCCACAAAAUAGAAGAAGAAGAAGUUGAUAAAGUCAGGAAGCUGCUGGAUGAUGUCAUGAAAUUACAAGAGCAGCUACUGACCAGUGUACAGUGCUCUGAUGAUGUGCUAAAGACACAAGCAACAAUCCCAGCCCUGGAUAUUCUACCACAGGUCCGAACUAUGUCAGAAGACGAAACAUUAGAAGAUUUAGAAUUGCCCGAGAUAAGAUAUCCACAUUUUCCACCAGUAGAAAUCAAUCUGCAAGCAUUGAAACAGCAGCUGGGAGAAUUAAAAACUAUGGAUGCCCAAACUUUCACAUUAACUUUUGAUGUCGGUUUAAUUUUGGCGAACGACCCAUCUUAUAGCGGUAAUGAUGGUGGCGUGGCUUCCGAUCUGAUACAAGAGAAAGACUUUCGGAUGCAAGGUAUGCAAUGGCGUGUACGAGUACGGGUUAAACAGAACCAAGAUGAUCCACAAAUGGAUAUUUUCUUAUUUCUGAAGAAAGCAGAAGAUGCCACCGUUAAAUCGUGCACUGCGAGUUUCAACUUUAAACUAUUAAGUACAUCUGACGAUAGCAAAAGUGUAGUGAAGAAAUCACAUCAUACUUUUGUACCUGAUGGCGAUGGAAAGGGUUGGGCUAAUUUCAUAACGGCCUCAUUAAUACGUACUAAUAAGACGGUGGGCAACGACAAGAAAGUUAUACUGCAGACAAAUGUUGCUAUACAGAACAUAGAGAGGUAUUAAAAUGAUUUAAUAUGUUGUGUAAUAUAGGGGUGGGUGAAAAUGACCAUAUUAUUUAUUCUGCGUGCUUAGGUUUAAUAAAUUUAGAGAUUUUGACGAGGUUGUCAUUUUAGUCAGUAAGGGCGAGGAUGUUGCUUGGUUUCGACCAGAAUCACAAUCGUAAAAAAAAACCAAAAGACCAAUACCAUUAUUCCUAAAGUAAUGGUAAAGAGCAGCAACACACCAUUAACCACGGCUUUAUCAAUCUAUAAAAUCUGUGCAUAAAGGACACAUUCCUCAGAUUUGACAUUUGUUUGCUUUUGAUAAGUAAAGAAAUGACAAUAGGGUAAUAUAUUCUAUGCAAAUGGCUCUCUACAUUUAUUUAUGGUGAUGUAAUUAAGAUUACACAUUUCUUGAAGAUUUGAAAUUUAAAGAAAUACAUGUAUUGAUUUUUAUCAUGAAUGGUUCUUUUUCGGAAUAUAAUAAUAUUGUUGAUAGUAUAUAAAAGGACCUCCAUCCUUUAUUUUAUUUAUUUAUAAUUUGUCUUUCACACUUUGAUAAUAAAUCGAUGUUUAUUACCUUUUAUUGUACAGUGUUCAGAUCACAUGAGCUUAUUUGUCAAUAAAAUUGUUUGUGGUAUGUUA